AAUCAAAUUCUUCAUUAUAUUCAAUGAGUUGAGCUAAAAAUGAGUUGGUUUGACGAUAAAAUUCACAAAGUCUUCUUUCGAGUUGGUGAGAAUGUACACAAGUUUCGAUUAUAUUUUCUUCUCCUCUCAUUUGCCAUCCUCACCUUCUCUGCUUUUGGAUUUCUUUGGUUUACAGAACAGACGACUAACGAUCCUCAAUAUGUAUUCUCCCCUGCAAAUGCCCCUUGGAGAUAUGAACGAGCAGUGUUAACAGAACAUUGGCCACUUGAUGAAGAAAAGUUCUGGCCUGGAAAAAGUUAUGAUUUACAUGGAUAUGUAGAUGUGAUUGCUUCUGGAAGAAUACAUCCUGAUUAUGGAAGACCGAACAUUUUAAAUAUAAGAUAUCUAGAUGAAGUUGCACGAAUCAAUGAUUAUAUUAUUCAUAAUCUGACAGUACCAGUAGAUAUCAACGGGAAACAUUAUGACAUUGCCUACACCGAUUUGUGUAUGAGGUAUGACUGGGCUUGUUACCUUAACGACCACAUCACCAUGUUAAUGCCGAAAACCCGAUGGGGUAAUUUCUCAGGGCCAUUUGCAGAGUUAGCAAGUGAUAUUAUCAAUACUCAAGUGAACAUCACGUAUCCUAUUGGUUGGCGUGGAACUGAGCCAAUUUAUUUUGGAGCACUUGUCGGAGCACCAAAUCUUGUUGAUGAGGAAGGGCAUUUCGAUUAUGCUUCUGCAAUUAGAUUGACUUAUAAUACAAGAGAAGGAAAAGUCGAUCAAUAUGGAAUAGAGUGGAGAAGAAAACUUUCAAUGUGGUUAACUGAUAAAGAGAAUCCAGUUUCUGAACUUCUGGAGUUCGGAGUCAAUCAUAACAUGACACUUCCUGAAGGACUACAGGAUGUAGCAGAUACAUUAGCUCCAAAAUUUGUUGGAACUUGUGCAAUUCUGUUCACAUUUUCUUUUCUCGUAUCUGUUGUUUUGAGAAAACAUAGAACUGGACAAGUGAUGCCUGAUUGGGUAAGAAGUAAGCCUUUGGUGGCUGCAGCUGGACUUAUGACACCUAUCAUGGCAACAGUGACAUCAUUCGGAUUGAUUCUGUGGUGUGGUUUCUUGUAUAAUGCAAUUGUCAAUGUAUCUCCAUUCUUGAUUCUUUGCAUUGGAAUUGAUGAUCUUUUCAUCAUGUGUGCAGAAUGGCAUAGGACAAAUCCACAGCAUUCUCCAGAGAAACGAAUUGGAAAAACACUUUCAGAAGCAGCCGUGGCAAUCUCCAUCACUUCCCUUACAGACAUUGCAACAUUUGCAAUGGGAUGUUACACAACGUUACCAGGAGUUCAAAUGUUUUGUAUGUAUACUUGUGUUCAAUGCUUCUUCUGUUACGUUUAUCAGAUAAUAUUCCUGGGUCCAGUCCUUGCGUAUGCAGCAGAAAUGGAACAAAAUGGUCAGCAUGUUCUAUUGAUUCGCAAAGCAGUUGAUCCAGAUAAGACAGAAAGUCCAGUGAAACUUUGGCUGCUUUCUGGAUCUGUAAAUCGACAAGACCAAGAAGCACGUAGAAGGAAUAGUAGGAAGGUUGCUCCAGUUGAGAAAGAAGGGGAAAAGAAAUCAAAGUUCGGAGAAGUUGUUGAGAAAUUAGAGCAUACUUUGGAAAAACAUGACGAUGAUCCGGGUCACAAUUCCGAAGAAACUCUCGUUAGCAAAGUAUUCAGAGAGAUUAUUGGACCAUUUAUUUUACAAAAAAGUACACAGGUCUGCGCCCUUCUUCUCUAUCUUGUAUACAUCUCUCUUGCAAUUGGUGGUUGUCUUAAUAUUAAAGAAGGAUUGGAUCCCAAACUUUUGGUUCGAGAAAGUUUUUAUCUUUCCAAGUUCUAUGAGAUUAUUGAUGAAACUUUUUGGAGAGAAGGUCUUCAAAUGCAAGUUGUAGUUAACAAUCCACCAGAUCUAUUCACACCAGAAACUCGAAAAGGUUUUGAUGAAAUGAUGGCUGAAUUCGAAAACACGCAAUAUACAAUGCAUCCAAAUGCAACAAUGAUUUGGCUCCGAGCAUAUGAGCAUCACUUGGAAACCGAGGUUCACGAGUUGAACAUUGAAAAGCCGAAUAGCACAGUUGAAUGGUACACGAGAUGCCGAGAUUGGUUGAUUGUUGCUGGUGGAAGACGUUUAUGGCAGAUGGAUAUGGUUUGGGCAAAUACAACAUUUGAAGAAACUCCGAGAAUUACUGCAUUCCGUUUCCAACUAGGACUCCGAAAUUACCGUACACCAACGGAUCAUACUCAUAGUUGUAAACUUAUGAGAUCAAUUGCUGACAAAUAUUCAAUGUUCAAUGUGACAACAUUCCAUGAAUAUUAUCCAUUUGCUGAUCAAUAUUUGGAAUUGACACCUUCUUUAUUCCAAAAUAUGAUUUCCGAUUUAUGCACAAUAUUUGCUGUUUCAUGGGUUAUGAUUCCUGAAUUAAUUUGUGCAGUGGCAAUUGUUCUUUCCAUUGCCAGUAUUAAUGUUGGAGUUCUUGGAUUCAUGUCGUUCUGGGGAGUCAAUCUGGACAGUGUUUCAAUUAUUACGGUUAUCAUGUGCAUUGGAUUUUCGGUUGAUUUGAGUGCUCACAUAGCAUACGCUUUCUCGCAAAGUUAUGGAAACUCCCAUGCUCGAGCAGUUGCUGCUUUGGAAACUCUCGGAUGGCCUGUAUUCCUUGGUGCAUCGUCAACAGUACUAGGAAUUCUUUUAUUAACUCUCGUGGACUCUUAUAUCGUACAGAUAUUCUUCAAAACCGUUUUCCUAGUGAUCAACUUUUCCAUUCUUCACGGUUUAAUAUUUUUGCCUAUUUUCUUAAUGAAAGUAGUGAGAGAAGUCAAAGAAGAAUCGCCACGUGAUGAUCAAUCUGUAGAGAAUGAAAAACCAAAGAUUCAAAUUGAAAUGGAAUCGCAAGUCGCUGCCUGAUCGAUCUAUCAUCUAACUCUUUCUAUGAAUAUGCGGGUUAUGUACUAUGUAUUUUCAUUUUUUAUUCAGUUCUCAUAAAAUUGAAAGUGAUUCUG